UGUAAUGUGUAAUGAUGUGUCUGUAUUGUCAGAUCGGGAUGCUGACCAUCACUCCCUGCAGCGAGAGCGCUGCAGAUCAGGAGUCUCGUGAACAUCUGAUCAAGCAUCAUUACAUGAGCCGUGUGUCAGAGCUCACCUCUCAGCUGCAGAUGUGUGACAGUAAAGCCGUCCAGUUCCAUGCUGAGUGUCGAGCUGUGGCCAAACGCCUGGCGAUGGCAGAGAAGUCCCGCGAGACGCUGACGGAGGAGCUGAAGCUGGCUCAUCAGAACACCACGCGCUUACAGGACGAGCUCAGCACCACCAAGAGGAGCUAUGAAGACCAGCUGAGCAUGAUGAGCGAUCACCUGUGCAGCAUGAACGACACGCUCAGCAAGCAGCGCGACCAGAUCGACUCGCUCAAGCUCGCCUGCAAGGGAAACUCCAAGAAGAACAAGAGCCGAUAAUGUGGACGUCUGUCUCAGUGACGGCGAACAUUCCCACACCAGACAUGUGACAGGAAGCAGCUGAUCUCCAGAGGAAGCGUGUGUGUGUGUGUGUGUGUGUGCGUGAGUGAGUGUCUCUGUGAGUGAGUGUGCGUGCAUG